AUGAUGCGCGAAGCCGGUGUCUCGGACCGGAUGGAUAAGGAAUGCUUCAUCCACCACGGCACCUGUAUCUCCUAUGAAAACGAGAUGUUCGACAUCAAUUUUCAGGAGCUGAUCGGUCAGAACGUGAUCGUCUACGGCCAGACGGAAGUCACCCGCGAUCUCUACGACGCAAGGGACGCUUGCGGUGGCAGGACACUCUUCGAAGUCGAAGACGUCGAAAUCCGCGAUGCGGAAACAGACAGCCCCCAUGUCACCUUCACAAUCGAUGGCAGUGCAAAGCGCAUAGACUGCGAUUUUGUCGCUGGAUGCGACGGUUUUCACGGCGUCAGCCGCAAGACGAUCCCCGACACGGUGCGCAAGGAUUACGAAAAGGUCUUCCCGUUCGGCUGGCUCGGGGUCCUAUCCGAAACACCCCCUGUGCAUGACGAGCUUGUCUAUGCCAAUUCAGCGCGUGGAUUUGCGUUGUGUUCCAUGCGCAAUGAACAUCUUUCGCGGUACUAUGUGCAGUGUGAUCUCGACGACGAUGUCUUCGAAUGGAGCGACGACAGGUUCUGGGACGAGCUGAAACGCCGGCUGCCCGAGUCCGUCGCCGACAAACUCGUCACCGGUCCUUCCAUCGAAAAAUCAAUUGCCCCACUUCGGUCUUUCGUCUGUGAGCCGAUGCGUUGGGGCAGGUUGUUCCUGUGCGGUGACGCGGCCCAUAUCGUUCCGCCGACCGGCGCCAAGGGCCUGAACACCGCCGCAUCCGACGUCCAUUACCUGUUCGAAGGCCUGGUUCAAUAUUACCAGGACAACGAAACAAACGGCAUCGACCGUUACUCGGAGCGCGCGCUGGCGCGGAUCUGGAAAGCGGAACGCUUCAGUUGGGCCACCACGAACAUGCUGCAUCGUUUCCCCGACCAAUCGGAGUUCGACCUGAAGAUGCAGCGCGCUGAAAUCGAGUCCCUUCACUACAAUGAAACCGCGCAGAAGUGGUUUGCCCAGAAUUAUGAUGGUGACCCGGACGGCAUCGCGGUCGUCUUUGCCAAUUCCCUUGGCACUGAUCUCCGUCUCUGGGACAAGGUCAUUCCACUCCUGCCGCAAAAGGGAUUACGCCUGAUCCGUUUCGACAAGAGGGGCCACGGCCUAUCAUCGUGUCCCUCCUCGCCUUACACGAUCGACGCACUGACGGAUGACACAGAACAGCUUUUGGACCGGCUCCGGGUCAAGACCUGUAUAUUUGUCGGACUUUCGAUCGGCGGCAUUAUCGCUCAACUUCUGGCCAGUCGCCGGCCGGAACUGGUCAAGGGUCUGGUUCUUUCGAACACGGCUGCCAAACUCGGCACAGCCGACAUGUGGCAGGAAAGAAUUGACCGCAUCCGGAAAAACGGCAUCGAGGCGAUGGCCGAUGCCAUCCUGGAGCGCUGGUUCGGUGAAGAAUUCCGCCGAAGCGACGAGGCCGUGGCCUGGCGCAACAUGCUGACGCGGACACCGGUAGAGGGAUAUAUCGGCUGCAGCGAAGCCAUAGCGGCAAACGACCUGACAGCUUCGACAUCGAAACUGAAGCUGCCGGUGCUCGGAAUUGGCGGCGAACACGACCUGGCCAGCCCUCCGGAUCUUGUCCGGGCGACGACGGAUCUGAUUGACGGCAGCCGGAGGACCUCAAUGUCGGAGCGAUAUGAGCGCGGCAUGGCCGUUCGCCGGGCAGUGCUCGGCGACGAUCACGUAGACCGGGCGGAGAAUGGCAAGACGGAUCUCGACGGACCGUUCCAGACCCUGAUCACCGAGGGCGCCUGGGGAACGGUCUGGUCGUCGGAGGGCAUCAGCGCGCGCGAGCGGUCAAUGCUGACACUUGCGCUGCUGGCAGCACUCGGUAACUUCGAGGAAAUCGCGAUGCACAUCCGGGCAACGGCCCGCACCGGCGCCAGCAAGCAGGACGUGCUGGAAGCGUUCCAGCAUGUCGCGGUUUAUGCCGGCGUUCCGCGCGCCAACCAGGCCUUGAAGAUCGCCAGGGAAACCUACGCCGAGAUGGAACAGGGUCCGUAUUAUCAACGCGACCGGCAGUGGCAACCAGCGGCGCUGACGCCGGACUACAAGACCAGCGUGUCCCGCUCGCCGCAAUAUUCGAUGAUCAGUCUGGAAACGACGGUCAGCGAGGUCACGGGCCCCGUUUUCGGUCACAAUGACAUUGAUCCGCUCGACAGGGAUCUCUUGAACAACUUUGCCAAGCCGGGUGAAAGCCCGAUCGGAGAACGCAUCAUCUUGCAUGGGCGCGUGCUCGAUGAAAAUGCGAAACCGGUUCCCAACACGCUGGUCGAGAUCUGGCAGGCCAACGCAGGCGGCCGCUACCGGCACAGGAAAGACACUUACCUCGCCCCGAUCGACCCCAAUUUCGGCGGUUGCGGCCGAACACUCACGGACGAGGACGGCCACUACCACUUCAGGGCAACUGACAUGCGCCAGCAUCUUGACUACCUGAAGGAAACCCCGUCACAGACAGCAGGUCCCUACGUUCAUAUCGGCCUUGCGCCCGGUGCGGCGGGAUUUGAAAUCUAUAAUCAGGAACUCGGCUGGGACAUUGCCGGACCCAAUGCAGCCGGUGAGCGCAUCCGCGUCGAAGGCCGGGUCAUCGACGGGAUGGGUUCUCCGAUCAAGGACGUGCUUCUGGAAGCAUGGCAGGCCAAUGCAAACGGCAUUUACACGCAUCCGGAGAGCGAAGGUGAUGUUGAAGACGGUUUCCGCGGCUGGGGGCGUGUGAUCACGAAUUUCGAGACCGGCGAAUGGGGGUUCGACACGGUCAAGCCCGGCAGCGUGACAGACGGCAACUCACGCGUGAUGGCACCCCAUAUCAGCCUCUGGAUCGUGGCGCGCGGUAUCAAUAUCGGCUUGCACACGAGACUAUACUUCGAAGACGAAAGGGAUGCGAAUGCCGGGGAUCCGGUGCUGAAUCUGAUCGAAUGGGAGCACCGCCGGGCAACAUUGUACGCGAAAAGAGGUUCGGUGGCGACCAAGCAAAACAAUCCGGCGGUGCCGAUCACGGUCGCCGAACAGCUUGAAAGCACCCACGAAGCCUUCGAAGCAGGCGCUGCCAUCGUGCAUGCCCACGUGAGAAACGACGACCAGUCGCCGACGUCGGAUCCGGAAAAGUUCGCGCGUCUUAAGGAAGGCCUUGAGAAACACUGCCCGGGAAUGAUCAUCCAGUUUUCAACCGGUGGGCGUUCCGGAGCCGGUGAAGCGCGCGGCGGCAUGUUGCCGCUGAAGCCGGACAUGGCCUCGCUUUCCGUCGGCUCCAACAACUUCCCGACACGGGUCUAUGAAAACCCGCCCGACCUGGUCGACUGGCUGGCCGGUGAGAUGCGGACCUAUGCCGUCAAACCCGAAAUCGAAGCCUUCGACCUGAGCCAUAUCCACCAGGCCGCCGCGAUGAACAAGGACGGGCGCAUCCCGGGCAGGCUCUACGUUCAAUUCGUCAUGGGUGUCAAAAACGCCAUGCCGGUCGAUCGGGAUGUAUUCGACUAUUACAUCAAGACCGUUCAGAGGCUUGUGCCGGAUGCGGAAUGGUGUGCAGCCGGUAUCGGCAGGUAUCAGCUGAUCGUCAACGAGUGGUGCAUUGCCGCCGGCGGGCACACAAGGACCGGCCUUGAAGACAAUGUACGCUUUGACAGGGAAACGCUUGCGCCUUCCAAUGCUGCACUGGUGAGGCGAGCCGCGGAGCUUUGUGAAAAACACGAGCGCCCGGUUGCGACCUGGCAGCAAGCCCGCGAUAUCCUGGAGCUUCCACUCGAAGCGGCUUGA